AUCUGGUAGUAUCUCACUGACCUGAUUUCCUUUGGCUUACAGACUCCCUAAAACAGCAGCUACUUUUCAUGUUUUUGUUGAGCACCUACUGUUUGCUAAGCACUGCCACUGGGUGCUUUUUACAGAUGUUCUUUUCAUUAUAAUCUUCUUACAGGAGAUGGAUGUUGCUAUUUUUGUCUCUAUAACUCCUGAUAGGCUGGGCAUGGUGGCUCACACCUAUAAUCCCAGCACUUUGGGAGGCUGAGGUGGGUGGAUCACCUGAGGUUGGGAGUUUGAGACCAGCAUGACCAACAUGGAGAAACCCUGAUCUCUACUAAAAAUACAAAUUAGCUGAGUGAGUUGGCACAUACCUGUAACCCCAACUACUUGUGAGGCUGAGAAUUGAUUGAACCUGGGAGGCAGAGGUUGCGGUGAGCCAAGACCUCGCCAUUGCACUCCAGCCUAGGCAACAAGAGUGAAACUCUGUCUCAAAAAUAAUAAAAAAUAAAAAAAAAAGUCCUGAUACACUGUGCUUUAGAUGAUGUUUUUAUUUUAUAGAGUGGUUUAAGAAUAAUUUUACCUUUUUCAUUGACAAAAAGAUGACACACUAUCCUUAGGGAAUAUGACUCAAUUGGUAGUUUGAGUCUAGGCCAUAAGCCUUCUUAGGUAAUGGAAUUGAGAUCAUUUCUCACUCUCCUGCCUUCAACCAGAGAGCAGAAGGCCCAAUGAUUUCUGUCAAAAGAGCUACUCAGUUUAUAAAAAUAUGCCAGUAAAUCCUCUUUCUAAUCCAGAGUUUAUGCAAGAGCAAAACUGUUUGUGCCUGCAGUUUUUCCAGCGGUUAGGGUGCAGUUAGGUCUCAUGUUGUAUGAGCUGGGGUGGGUUUAACUUUCAAGUCCACCUCAGUGAUUUUUUUUUUUUUUUGGUCCACUUAGGGAUUAUUGACCAAUUUAUUUGUUUGGAAAUGAGAAACUUCCAUUUGCAAUAAUCAUCAAUAUUCUGUUGGGUCAGAGAGUGGAAUAGUGGAAAGGAGAAAUUCCCUAUUUCUUCGUCCUCUCAGAUUCCUGCCUUUCACUCCAUCUCUGUCAAGGUUCCUAAAUGGUGUGGUUAAAAUGGAUCAGCAGCUGGGGAAUAACAACCCUAAAACUGUAGCAAGAUCUUAGAGAAAGUGAUCCCAAAGAAAUAUCUUUAAGAGUGAUUAUAGAGCCAGGCACGGUGACCCAUGACUGUAAUCCCAGUACUAUGGGAGGCCGAGGCAGAUGGAUCACCUGAGGUCAGGAGUUCGAGACCAGCCAGACCAGUAUGGAGAAACCCCUACUAGAAAUACAAAAUUAGCCAGGCAUGGUGAUAUAUGCCUCUAAUCCCAGCUACUCAGGAGGCUGAGGAAGGAGAAUUGCUUGAACCUUGGAAGUGGAAGUUCCGGUAAGCCGAGAUCACACCGUUGCACUCCAGCCUGGGCAACAAGAGUGAAACUCCACCUAAAAAAAAAAAAAGUGAUUUUAACAGUGUUCCUAGAUGAAUAAAGAGAAUAUUAAAGAAAAAUUAUUCAAAGACACUUGCACUUGCUAAAGCACAGUAAAGGCAGCCUUUAUUCAAGACCCUCCUAAUAGGUUCAAGGACCAUCGCAACAAGAUCUUGCAGUGGGGAAGAGAGAUUGGACUCAACUCUGAAUACAGCAUGGGCAAGUGGGAAUUUAUAGCCAUGGAGCAGGAUGGAGGUCCGUGGAUGGAAAAUUACUAAGAGGAAAUAGCAGGGUUAAGGGAGAUUCUGGCUAAACUAACUGAACAGGAUUCUUGCUGACGACAGGCCAGGGUGAUCAGACAUUAUAACCUGUGGGAUGAUGGAGAAUAAUGAAUCUUAUCAGAUAUUGAGGAUGGGGUGGGGGAUAUUCUUGCCAAACUGACUUAGUAGAGUUCUUUGCUAAAACUGGAUUUUAUGAAGAACUAUACAGAUGAGCCUGGGAGAAGGUACAGAAGUCUAACUAAAGUUUGGCCAAGCAAAGAAUCUUAUCAAGAGACUUUUAAAAAAUGUGAAAAUUACAAGGCAUCCACAUAAAAUGUCAAAUUAUUUAACAUUUUUUGGCCUUAGAAGUAACAUUUCACAGGCUGGAGAGCACCAAGGACAGGUUGGUGAAAGCUAUAGAAUAUUCCAAAUGAACUAGAGAGUUCACCAAGGUAUUGAAAAAAUAAAUAUAUUUCAUAAGGCUACAGCUACCGUAGAUAGUGAUUCCUCUGAUGGAUCUUGGCAAAGUAAAUUAAAAGCCUUCUGGAAAAGAUUCACCAUUGUAGAUUUCAUCAAAAACAUUCAUAAUUCAUGGGAGGAGAUCGACAUACCAAUAUGAACAGGAGUUGGGAAAAGUCGGUUCCAACUCUCAUGGAUGACUUUGAGGGGUUCAAGACUUCAGGAGGAAGCAACUGCAAAUGCAAGGGAAAUAGCAAGAGAACGAGGUUUAGAAGAGAACCCUGAAGAUGCAACUGAAUUGCUGCAAUCUCAUAAUAUAACUUUAAUGAAUGAGGAGUUGCUUCUUCAGGAUGAGCAAAGAAAGUGAAGAUGCCAUGAACGUUGUUGAAAUGACAACAAAGGAUUUAGAAUAUUACAUAAGCUGAACUGAUAAAGCAGUGGCAAAGUUUGAGAGGAUUCUCUCCAAUGUUGCAAGAAGUUCUGCAGAGGGUAAAAUACUAUCAAACAGCAUUGCAUGCUAUACAGAAAUCUUUCAGGAAUGAAAAAGUCUAUUGAUGUAGCAAACUUCAUUGUUGUCUUAAUUUAAGAAACUACCAUAGCGACCCAAACCUUCAGCAACCAUUACCCUAGUUAGCAACCAUCAAAAAAAAAAAAAAAAAAAAAAAAAGGGAGGUUCAUUCUCAUGUGUUUGUUUACAAAGCAAAGAAAUACCUUUCGCUUCCCAACAUGGCGCAGUCGAUUAACAUCACGGAGCUGAAUCUGUCGCAGCUAGAAAUACUCAAAAACCAGCUGGACCAGGAAGUGGAGUUCUUGUCCAUGUCUAUUGCCCAGCUCAAAGUGGUACAGACCAAGUAUGUGGAAGCCAAGUACUGUCUGAAUGUGCUGAACAAGAGCACUGAGGGGAAAGAAUUACUCGUCCCACUGACAAGUUCUAUGUAUGUCCCUGGGAAGCUGCAUGAUGUGGAGCAUGUGCUCAUCGAUGUGGGAACUGGGUACUAUGUAGAGAAGACAGCUGAGGAUGCCAAGGACUUCUUCAAGAGGAAGAUAGAUUUUCUAACCAAGCAGAUGGAGAAUAUCCAACCAGCUCUCGAGGAGAAGCAUGCCAUGAAACAGGCUGUCGUGGAAAUGAUGAGCCAGAAGAUUCAGCAGCUCACAGCCCUGGGGCAGCUUAGGCUACUGCUAAGUCCUGAGAGUUUUUGCAGAAAUGGGGCAGAGGGACACCCUUUGGGCGUGGCUUCCUGGUGCUGGAAAGGGUCUUGUGUUUAAUGCCAAUAAAUGUGCCAGCUGGGCAGAAGGAAAAAAAAA